AUGGGCCGUGCCACGAUCAAAUCGGGCUCCAUAAAUCUCCUUAAUACCAUUAUUGGUGCGGGCAUCUUGGCCAUGCCUUAUGGCCUCAGAGCUAAUGGUAUAAUCUUCGGGUCCUUUCUUAUCGCAUGGUCUUCGUUGACAUCUGCCUUUGGUCUAUAUCUUCAGAACAAGGUUGCAAAGUAUACUCAGCAACAAAAUGCUGUCUCUUACUUCAGUUUAUGCCAGUUGACGUAUCCCCAGCUUUCUGUUGUUUUUGACGGUGCCAUUGCCAUCAAGUGUUUUGGUGUGGGUGUCUCCUACCUUGUGAUUAUCGGCGACUUGAUGCCGAAAAUAAUGGAACUGCUUAAAGUUGACGAAGACUCCUGGUGGAUGGAGCGGAACCUUUGGAUUACGCUUUUUAUGGUGCUCAUGGUGGCACCGCUCUCUUACCUCAAGAAACUUGAUUCGUUGAAGUACACAUCUUUGAUCGCUCUCUUUUCGGUGGUGUACUUGAUGUGCCUAGUCAUCGAACACUACAUUGUCGACGACCUACCUAACAGGGUUAUUGAUGUUGUGGGGCCAAAGCUGUUGCGUCUGACACUUUCAUCAUUUCCUAUCUUUGUCUUCGCAUACACCUGCCACCAGAACAUGUUUGCCAUAAUUAAUGAAUUAGAGCCCUCUGAAAUAUCUGGCUCACAGACAAGGCAAGGCAAUAUGGUCAUCCGUAAUGCCAUUUCCGUGGCAUGCGCCUCUUACUUGCUUGUGGGAAUUAUCGGGUAUUUGACCUUCGGAAACAAAGUUGACGCCAAUAUCAUCACCAUGUACCCUAAAGACUCAAUUCCUUCGCUUAUAGGAAGACUUUGCAUUGUGGUGAUGGUGAGUUUAUCAUUCCCCUUCAAUGCCACCCAUGUCGUGAAUGGCGUCCUCUCGCAUAAGUUGCGCAACAGUCAAGUCACCAAUGAUGGCUAUGCGCCUCUACAGUCAGACGGUGAAUCGAUGAUGGACGAAACCUUCGUGUCCACUACUCCUAUGGAAGGUGCCCAAGACACCGACGGUCACGACCCCAUUAUUGUCAAGCUCACGACUAGACAAUUUUAUGUCAUCACAACAGGUAUUGUUGUGCUAGCGUACCUAGUGGCCAUCUCUGUCAAGUCUUUGGCUCGUGUCCUUGCGUUCGUUGGAUCCACUGGCUCCACCUCCAUUUCGUUCAUCUUGCCGGGGUUAUUUGGCUAUAUGUUGAUUAAACCACUCAAUGGAGCCACAAGUUUGACCAUGUUAGAAAAGUUUUGCAAGUACGGCGGGUUCGCCUUGAGUGUGUGGGGUGUCAUUGUCAUGGUGGUGUGCCUUUUUGUCACCAUCUUCCUUGGAAGCACCCAUUAA